UUUCGUAUGUUGUUCGUGUUUGUGUUGGUUACAAGUGUUUUGGCUAAAAAUUUAUCGGAUGAAUGUGUUCUCGAUAUGCAACCUUCUUCAAGCUGUGGGAGCGCGAAUUGGGAUGGAUUUCUCGACUAUGGAUGUUGCGAAUCAGCCUUCGAAGAAUAUCUAUCGGCAUUAGCAAGACACGCAAAUCAAACAGGAUCAAUUUUCUUGAAUUCAAGUCAACAACAGAGUUGUCGAUCAUCGUUAGAAGGUAGCAACGGAAGAAAUCUUCUGAGCUGCGGCGUUGAAAAGCUUGCAGCUGGCUCUGGCAGCUGCUCGGACUUUUCAUUGACUGAUGUUGCUAACAAGCUGCAGAGCUCGUUGACCCGUCUGGAUCAAGAUUGUGAGCUGUUGGAAUCGAAAGACAGCUGCAGCUCUUGUUAUGAAAGGUGGCAAAAGAUUGGGGCUAAUAGUAGUGUGGAAGAAAAUGAAAUUUGUCGAUUUGCAGUUCUUGUUUCGAUGGUGACUAGAAAGAUUUCUGAUGUGAAAUGGGUUCGAGCGGUUUAUCAGUGUCUUGGACAGAAUCAAAGUGUUGGAUCAGAUCAAUCCGAGGACAUUCAACAUAAUCAUGAUGAACAUAAGAAAAAAAUGAGCACUGGAAUAUGGAUUCUGAUCGGAGGUCUGGUCGGCAUCAUGAUUAUUGUAACCACAACACUGUUGCUUUUCUUCAGAAAAUCGGUCACUGGAAAGUCAACGAAGUGCAAAAACAGUAUGUGUGUGUUGGAUUCGCCGUUCCCAAAAGAAUUGACUACAAAGUUAACGGUUAAGGACAUUUAUGCGGCUACAAAUGAUCUCAAAGCAUCAAACUUUAUCGGUGAAGGAAACGCAGGGAAGGUGUAUAAAGGCAUACUCGCGAAUGGUCAGAAUGUUGCGAUCAAGCACAUUGUCAACGAUGGUGAAAAGGAAACUUACGUUAGGGAGAUAACAAGUUUGUCGCACGUAAAACAUCCAAAUCUUGUGCGAUUGUUGGAUCACUGUGAGGGUGAAGGGGAGUGUUUUCUUGUUUACGAGCUUUGCCAUUGGGGAAAUCUAUCAGAAUGGCUGUUUAGUAAAGAUAAAGUUAUUACAUGGAUCCAACGUCUUCAAAUCGCCAUUGAUUGUGCUCGGGGACUCUGGUUUCUUCAUACAUACCCUGCAGGAUGCAUAGUUCAUCGCGAUAUAAAGCCAACAAACAUUCUCCUAAAUAUGAACUUUCAAGCGAAGCUCGCCGACUUUGGAUUGUCAAAGAUUAUUGACACGGGUCUAUCUCAUGUUAGCUCAGAAGUGAGAGGGACAUUCGGGUAUGUGGAUCCUGAAUACCAAAAGAACAGUCGGGUCAACCCGUCUGGUGAUGUGUAUAGCUUUGGAAUCGUGCUUUUACAACUUCUUUCGGGGCAACGGGUGAUCAAUAUUGACUUGCAAAGGCCAAUGCCGAUUGGAAAAAUGGCAAUGACAUUAACGAAGGCGGGGAGUAUGACAGAGUUUGCGGAUCCAAAACUCAAAGGGGAUUACUCGUUGAAGGCGUUUGAGUUUAUAAUCAAUCUAGCAAUUUCUUGUAUCGGGAUGAAGCAACAAAGGCCUUCAAUGGAACAAGUGGUUGCUGGACUCGAAAAGGCUCUUGACAUGUCUAUACGAGAUGGGUCACUAACACCAAAGGUUUCACCAAAAAUGGUCUAGACUCUAUAUGGAGAUAGAUAAUGUUUGUAUACAUUAACGAAUAUUUUUGUAACAAAAUGCUUAUGCUAUACCAUCAUAAAUACACUA